AUGACGGGCAAAAGUCAGGAACCCUCCAAUCUGCACAACUUUGUGGCUCAGGACACCAUUUGGAAAAACUUGAUUGAAUUUGAAUCUGAAUCGGCCAAGAAAUGGACAAAUAAAUGGGGAUUUCUGAUAACUGCGCGAGAUCAGAUAGAGGCUGAAGAGAAGCAGAAGAGAUCCACAUGUAGAAUCGAGACCCCAGAACACCUGAAGGUUCGGCCAGCGACCCCCAUCAGCAAGUACAUCCAGGUGGAGCCAUCUCCCCCAGUACCGAAGACGACACAAGGCUUUAUUGGCUGGAGAUCUGGGAUCCCAGAAUUGGGACUGGAACGAUUUGGAUCCAUUAAAAAAGUAAAGUUAAGCUUCGUCAAUCAGAUGAAGUGGCCUGAAGACUGUGUGGAUUGAUGUUGCCGACCGAUCCACUGUGCACAAUGAGGCUUGGCGGUGUUUGCAUCAGUCACGUGUGGUUAUUAGUAAAGACUAAGUAGGUUGUCAUAAAGAUUUUAAAAUGUUUCCGUUAACACAACCUGUUACCCUAUUGCUUACUUUACAUCCAGAAAGAAUUUACUGCAAUUAUUGUUCUCCCCUUCUGAAUGUUUUUUUUUCCUGUUCCAAAGAUGUCUGUGCUAGCUCAUUGCUUUGUGAGCUAAGACACAAAGUUAAUGGUAACCAAAACGCGUCCCAUCAGGCUGUUUGUUUCAGCUACUGGAUUUACAGAGUCGAUCUUUUUUCAGCAGUUUAGUUAAGGUGGGAGAUCCAGACUCAGGAGCCGUCUGGGAAAAGGUGAUGGUUCUUUUUGUGGUUCUUCCCUACAGCUGGUCAUUGCUAACAGAUGUAAAGGUGUUAGCCUAUCAAUUCUGGGUCAGAAGGUUAUGGUAUCAAACCCCACGUUCGGACUUUGAGAUCAUAGUCGAGAUUGAUACUCUGGUAAGGGACUGGAGGAAUGCUUUUCCAGAGGUGCCAUCCACUUGGAUGAGACUUUAAUAUGACAACGGUCUGGUGGACAUUAACAAUACCACAACACUAUUCAGAAGAGUUUCUCCAGAUGUCUUCAGUAAAAUUCAUAGCUGUUUGUGGGACCUUCCUUUGUGUACACAUUGGCUGCCACAUUUGCUUAUAAAUGUACAUCAUUUGAUAGAAUUUACCUUGAAGCACUUUGAGAUGUUUUGAUAUUACAGGUGUUAUAUAGAGUGCAAGUAUUAUUAUGAAAUCUAUUGGAAGGACAUAUUUAGUGUUUAGGCUAUUUUUAGGCAUUGUUUAGAAAUUUUUCACACA